GUUUGCCGUGGCCGCGCAGCGCAGGCGCACUACAAAGUACUCCAGUAACUGGUUCUCUGACCCGAGAUGCUGAAGGCAGGAUGGCUCUGGCGUCGGUGGCUGAGGCGUGGGGCCGUAGGCGUCCUGGCAGAGAAUCUUAGUUACCGAGAGGUCGCUUCGGGCGUCCCUCCCUUAGGCAGCACUUCUCCCGGAGCUCUAAAUAUCUUCGACCGGAGUUUGAAGAGGAAACAGAAAAACUGGGCGGCCCAGCAGCCCGAGCCGACGAGAUUUGACUACCUGAGGGAGGAGGUUGGAAGUCAGAUUGCAGACCGUGUGUAUGAUAUAGCGAGAGAUUUCCCUCUUGCUUUGGAUGUUGGUUGUGGAAGAGGUUAUAUAGCCCAACAUUUGAAUAAGGAAACAAUUGGAAAGUUUUUCCAAACAGAUAUUGCAGAAAAUGCUUUGAAAAAUUCCCUAGAAACAGAAAUUCCUACUGUCAGUGUUUUAGCUGAUGAAGAAUUCCUUCCCUUUCAAGAAAAUACGUUUGACCUGGUGGUUAGCAGUUUAAGUUUGCAUUGGGUCAAUGACCUUCCUAGAGCACUUGAACAGAUUCAUUAUGUUUUAAAACCAGAUGGAGUGUUCGUCGGAGCAAUGUUUGGAGGUGACACGCUCUAUGAGCUUCGGUGCUCAUUACAAUUAGCAGAAACAGAAAGAGAAGGAGGAUUUUCUCCACACAUUUCUCCUUUUACUGCUGUGAAUGACCUGGGACAUCUGCUUGGAAGAGCUGGCUUUAAUACAUUGACUGUGGACACUGAUGAAAUUCAAGUUAACUAUCCUGGAAUGUUCGAACUGAUGGAAGAUUUACAAGGUAUGGGAGAGAGUAACUGCUCCUGGAAUAGAAAAGCCCUGCUGCACCGAGACACGAUGCUGGCGGCGGCAGCAGUUUACAGAGAAAUGUACAGAAAUUCGGAUGGUUCAGUACCUGCCACAUACCAAAUCUAUCACAUGAUAGGAUGGAAAUACCAUGAUUCUCAGGCAAGACCAGCUGAAAGAGGUUCUGCAACUGUGUCCUUUGGAGAGCUAGGGAAACUAAAUCUUAUGUCAGAAGGAAAAAAAUCACAAUAAAUAUUGUACUAGGUGUAAUGUAGUCCACAAUUUUCCUGACCGGUGGGUAGCUUUCUGCCAGGUGUGGUGGCACACACACACUUGUAUGUGAUCUCAGCUAGUUGGGAAGCUGAAGCAGGAGGGUGACUAGUUAGGAGCCAGCGUGGGCCGCUUAGUGAGUUCCUGUUUCUGAAAAAAAAAAAACCCAGUUUUUAAUAUCUAAAAUUACAUUUUAGUGCAAGAAACAAUUUAUAAGAU